AUGGAGGUUUCGCUACGCAGCUUGAGAAACACGGCGCUGUCAUUGACGAUCCACUUUGGAGCGCCGUUUGCCUCAUCAGUCCAUUUGGAGUACUUGGAGGCAGGGAUAAAUAUUUUGGUUUCUUCGUCUUACCAGGAGCUGUCCAUGGAAGAAGGGGAGUUGCUCUUAGAAAAGAGUGUUAAAAUGGAAGCUCGUGAUAGUUUUUGGGAUUCUGUGAAGAGUAUCCCUGGACAUAAUUACAAUCGGGCUUUGUUGCAGCAUCCAUUGGAAGCUAUGUUGAAGGAUUUUCAUCGGCGCAGAUUGCAGAUUCUUGUUGAUGCAAGCCCAGAUUUGCUUGCAUUUGAGACUAUUCCCAAUAAACUUGAAGCCCAGUUAACCAACAAGCACAUAGUUGUCUAUCCCAAUAGUGGCGAGGUAUGGGAUGGCAGAGCCAAGAAAUGGCUGCCAUCAAAUUGUUUUGUUGAUGACAAAUUUGAAUCAUUUAGUUCAAGAUGGCGUGAUUUGGGAGCAAAAUUCAUUGGAGGCUGUUGUCGUACGACACCGUCUACCAUCCUAGCUAUAUCAAAGGUUUGGAAAGAAAGCUCCCAUUAG